UUCUGCUGCUCCAGACUGAGGCUCAGGGUGCCUCCAGCGCUUCAGACGAGUCUUUACAACAAACACUCAGAGACAUUUGUGCUGUCAGGACUGCUGCACCUGCUCCGCUGAGACUAGACUCUAACGGAAGAGAGACACUUAAGGGAGACGAUCUUCGUUCUUUUUUGGGGAAAAUGAAACUUGAAGUUUUCUCUGCGCACCACUUCGCGCAGAAGCCGCUGGAGUUGUGCAUGGACGCAGAGGGGGGAGUCCCGUCUCCUCUAUCCGGGGACGAGCUGGUCGGACGGGGACUGCGUGGACAACAGGGGUCGGACGGGGACUGCGUGGCCAACAGCCCGGCACCUGUCACCCAGAGCGGCGACGGCAGCAAGGGGAAGCCCUACACCCGCAGACCCAAGCCCCCUUACUCCUACAUCGCGCUCAUCGCCAUGGCCAUCCGGGAGUCCAGCAGCGGCCGCCUCACUCUGGCAGAGAUCAACGACUACCUGAUGAAGAAAUUCCCGUUUUUCCGGGGCAGCUACACCGGCUGGAGGAACUCGGUGCGCCACAACCUGUCACUCAAUGACUGCUUCCUCAAAGUGCUGCGGGACCCGUCCAGGCCCUGGGGCAAGGACAACUACUGGAUGCUCAACCCGCAAAGCGAGUACACCUUUGCUGACGGGGUGUUCCGCCGCAGGAGGAAGCGCAUCGCCAAGAGGUCCGCCAAGGAGCAGGAGAGCCCGGACAUCCUCAGCGAGGACACCCGCCUCCCCGCCCCGGAGGAGAGGGUGGGGGCCAAGUUCUCCAGCUCCUUCGCCAUCGACAGCAUCCUCAGCACACCCUUCAAACGGAGGGAGGACAGCCACGUUGAUGCAGAAACCCACGCCCCCCGGCUCUACUGGUCCCCAGGGGCCCACAUACUGCCUUACGCUCUGAGCUACGCGGCACAGCACACGUACCUGUCAGAGGGGGGGUACAGCAGCACAGAGCCCAGCAGGGAUGCACUCACAUACCUCCAGCAGACAGCACCGGGCAUGGCCGCACCAGAGGCCGCUUUCCACGCGCUCAAGAUGCCCAGCAAGGCGCGAGGUUUCCACAUAGACUCUUUGCUGUCAUAAAGCACCCGGGCUGCUCUCAGACUUGUAUGUUUUGACCCAUGAUGUGCACUUUUGUGGGCGCUCUUAGCUUUCAGUGCUUUAGCUGUUUAACUGUUUGGGACUCUUGUCUGUCUCAUCAUGACUACUGUCAUUCUGCAGUGAAAAAAACAAACAUGACGUGUUGAUAAUGUAGAUCUAACUGUGGUGAGCAAGCAAACAGUUGCUGUCAUCCCAGGACAUUCCACUGUGCGUGUGUGAGAGAGAGAGAAAGCGUGUUGUUGUUGCGUGUGUGUUAGAGAUGUUUAGAGAGUGUGUUUGUAUUCUUGUAUCCAUGGUUCAUUGGUCAUUUCUACUGUAUGACGGCAACCAAGUGCCACGUUGAAACAUAAAACUAUUCAUCUAUUUAUAUUUUCAUGUUUUGUAUGACCUGCUGUAUAAAAUAUUGUUGUAUAUAUAUAUAAAAAUAUUGACUGAGCUGCGGUUAAAGGAGAAAUCACGCGGCUGCACUAGAAACGCAUGAAAAUGCCUGAUGUUUUCCUGAGAUGGAUUUAUGCAUGCCUGGUAUUUUUGUGAAUAAAAAACGUGAAAC